UAAACAAUGGUCGCCGUAGCACCGUUCAGAAUUUACAUCUUCCCAACGUCCUAGAAUCCUUGCAUCACGUUGCGUUGCAAGCUCAAAUCCUUUCGCAGCCCUCAAAUCGUGCUCUGUGAUCGGGGGCAGUAUGGUCCACCACCACUGCCAUGGCCAUGUUGGCGUACGUAAACUCACGAUUCCCUUCAGGAACCCUUGGGUUGUCCACGUUGGUUGCAUCGACGAAACCGUCUACCGCACGCGUUCCACAAGCUUGAGGUUCCGUGGUGUAUUUUCGCAUGACGUGGCCUGCUCCAGCCGUCGCCCCGUGUCGAGCCUACGACUGCGCGUAGCGCCGAAGGAGUGGGGGCGUGUAUGUACUUCAACUUCAAGCCCAGACUGUCUCGGAGCCGUCGGACAUGAGCUAGUGACGAACGUACAGUACAGUAGGCCAACUAACAUGCACUAGUAUCGAUCAUCCCGACCUCGCACGCCGUCGAUCGACAUAAUCGAGAGAGUGAGUCUGUGGACUCGACUUGUGGGCGAUCUCAAAGAUGCCGCAGUGCCACCGGAUGCUUUGUGGCUAGGUUGAGUGUACCAAGAGGAUCGUAGCGGUC